AGAGCCUAUUGAAUUGGAAUCUGACCACGCACAGGGGUGACUCAGAUCGGUGUGUCUGAGAAUCGAAACAAGCUUCAUGUAAAGCGGAUCGUGUGACGAACGCUCUGGCAUCAGGUCCGGGUUUCUUCGUUCAAAACAAUAGCGCAUCGGUGCAAUUUGUACAGUGCAGUGUGUGCUCGUUACCGAUUACAUAAAUGUGAAACAACACCGGGCUUUGCAGACAAGAAAUAAAAAGCAUAGUGCGAUAGACAUGAAGAACUCGAUCAAAUAUGAAUCGUGGACUUCAAAGCGUUUUUCGCUUCUGUUGCUUGCUGUACUAACGCUUGCUGUAAAUGAAGCUCGUGGGUUAAACCUAGUGGCGCAUAUUUCACAGAGGGGUUUGCAUGGAGAGAUUUCCUUCUCGCAGCACAACGACCGUCAGGUGCAGAUUACAUCGGAACUCGAGACGACGCUUCAAUAUCCGGAACAAGCAUGGAGCUGGGGAAUCUAUCAGCUUCCGGUUGACUAUACGAUCGUCGAUCCGCAAGAGCGAUGCCAGAUAUCACGGUUAGGGGAACAACUGUGGUCAUUCGACGAUGAUUUGGGCUAUUUGAUGCUACCGGGUAAUGAAUCGACGACGUGGUUAAACGACAUCGCACUCACGGGUGAAAAGGGACUUUGGGGCAAAUCGCUUGUCUUGUACGACCCGGGCAUAAACGUACGGAUCUGUGCGACGAUAGUGACGCGCGAUGGUUCCCAGGACCAUUUGGCAGAGGCACGCUUUUCCAGCCCCAUUACGGGUUCCAUCUAUUUCCGGUGGCUGGCGGCAAAGGAAUCGAACCACUCGGAUACACUGAUUCAUUCGAACCUGUUCCACACACGUGAUCAGUCGCGUAAGAUGGGCAAUCCUGCAUACACUGAGCACAUGUGGAAAAUAUACGUAACGGAUAUCUUCGAAAGUGAGGCACAGAAUGCGGAGGAAAACUGUAACAAGCUGCAGCUGGUGUUUGAUCCACAGAACCGAGGGGCUGGCAAUGCCAUCGGAGAUAUCGACGGACGGGUAGGUGCGCUACGCAUUACGACGAAUGCGCGACAAAAUCAGUACCCGCAACUUUUCCACGAUCAUCAGCUUGUGCUUCUGCCAAGCGAUCUUUAUGGGCCGUCACGCAAACUGUACGUAGUCGUGUUUGAUCCUAACCAUCCAGAUACGUUUCUAGCCUGCGCGAAGAUUCGCCAUCAGAAACCAAGAACUGCGCGCGCACUCGUCGAUGGAGGUGGAAUGCGCGGAGACAUGCGAUUCACACAGCGAUCGCGGUUCGAACCGACGUGGAUUCAGGCAACCUUUGGAGCCACUGGCAAUGAGUCUGAUGCCAACAUUAACUAUGCCAAAGAUGUGUCCAGUUUCCGUAUCAAUCAGCUCCCUCUGGAGGCAUAUGCUGGUCCGGAGGAUCGGUACUGUUUGACAGGUGGUGGCACCUUCAACCCGAUGGGCAUCGCAGCGAAAGAUAUACCUCCACCAGGGUACGGUACGCAGGAUCAGUAUCCGGUGGGUGAUCUGAGUGGGAAAGUACAAAACAGAAACAAAAAGGAGUCUCAUUCGUACUAUCUUCCUGGUUCGAGUGCCGAACUAUCCGGUUCGUACUGGGACACGUUUCUACCGCUGCAAGGGCCGAAUGCGAUCAUAUUUCGUAGCUUUUCGGUACAGCGGUACAAUCGUACACAGCCGACAAACAUCACCGAAGCACCAUGGGCCUGUGGUACCGUCGCACUCUACGAAUUUAACCGUCCUUAUCAAGUGCCCAUUCUAACGGCACAGGUGCUGUUCCGCUACCCUAUCGUAGGACGCAUAUUGUUCCGACAGGUGAAGGAUGAGUACUGGACCGAAACGGGCAUCAUCUUCGAGUAUUUGAUCCAUGCGGAUGGAUCGACAGUUAACAGAACAGCCGAUCAUCGGUGGGCGAUCAUGGACGAUGCACCGGGCAAAGACUUUUACGAUUGGCAGAACCGAUGCGUCAGUGCUGGUGGUGUGUACAACCCUUUUAAAGCUGCUCCCUUGAUGGGGAAAGCUUGGGAAGAGGUGUGCACUGGCAGUUCGGUAGAGUUGUGCCGGGUUGGUGAUCUUUCGAACAGAGUGGGUGGUUUGGCAAUUGCUGGACAUAAGAGUGAGGCGACAAUGAUUAGCCGUAAAAUGUACAUCGAUUCGAACCUUCCAUUGAGUGGACAUGCUAGCGUUAUCGGACGAUCAGUAGUGAUCUACGAUGACAAUGGACCAAAGGCACGCGGUGAACGACUAGCCUGUUCAGUUAUUGGGGGAUAUCACCGACGAAAGGUGGUCGCCAGAGAUUGGUACUCGAAUGGCGAUCCGUUGACAAUCAAGGGAAAGUUAGAGUUGGUGCAACAAUCGGAGUACGAUCUCACCAAUGCAGAGGUAGACUUCAAGGGUCUGGACAGAAACAGUGGCUAUCAUGUUCAUGUCGCCCCUGUAGAAGGUGAUCUAGAGUUCCCGUGCGAAGAUUCCACCGUGUACGGACACUGGAAUCCUCGGGACGUCGAUCCUAAACAAUCACCAUUACCAACAUUGGGCAGCACGGAUGAGUAUGAACUGGGUGAUCUUAGCGGCAAGUUUGGAACACUUGAUGGGGCAACCAUGUACGAGCAGACAUACAACGAUACACGGCUGCCGUUGUUCGGGUACGAGAGCAUCAUCGGUCGUUCGAUUGUGGUGCACAAAAAGGAGAAGAAUCGCCGUUGGGCCUGCAGUACCCUGGAGCGUGGCUAUAGUCCGAAUGAGGCUCGUGAAAUACGAGCCAUAGCAUCCUUUCACCACCCGACGGGCUAUGCUUACGGUUACAUACGUCUGACGCAGCUAAUCGGUAAUGAUAAUAGCCAGAGUGAUACCAUCAUCGAGGUGAAGUUACGAUACCCUGGCAAGCAUGAUCGCAAUGUGACACAUAAUCACAACUGGAACGUUUGGGUGAAUCCGGUCGGUGUCGAUGCCACCGUCAAGCAGGUGGAAACGCGCUGUGUUGCGGCGGGGUACGUGUGGAAUCCUUACUACACUCAGCUCGCAGAUCCAUUAAAUCAAGAGCUGUACAAACAAGAGUGUGGUCCGGAUAAUCCAUUGCGCUGUUACGUAGGUGAUGUGUCCGCCCGCCUUGGACCUAUCUCAAUCGGAAGUCGUCGGCAGAUAUUUACCGACAGCAAUUUCCCCCUGGAGGGCACCGUCAGUGCGCUGGGACGUUCGAUCGUAAUAUUUGGUGCGGACUUCUCUGGCUUUCGGUUCGCCUGUGCAAAUAUCGAACCCGAUCACGACAUUGUGAAGUACAUUAACCUCAAGAAACCGCCUCGGUUUGUGGUGGCACAGUUUCUCGAAGAUGUGCGGCUCGUGAUGGGGCUGCCCGAAUGGAUGCUGGCGAUCGAUUCGCGCAGCACGAAGACACUGCAUAACGACGCUUGCAUCCAAAUGAUCGUACACUUUAAAGGGCCGAGUGCACACAAAAUAGAGCAAGACUUUUCACGACUACUGGCGGUCGGGCGGCUUGAUGCACCGAGCAUAUACAUCCCCGGGUACGACAACAGCAAGCGCAAGCGAACGUUAUCGUACCGAACUUGUGGGGUGCGCGAUCCGAACGAAAAGAGUGCUAAGGUGUUAUUUGGAAGUAGCGGAACAAUGCGCAAUUUACCAUUUAGGGUAGUAAUAGUGAUGUUGUUACCAUUGAUGAGAUUAUUGCACCAAUUUAUGCUUUAGUAACUAGAUCUCCUUAAGCUCUAAAAGUUCCUUUGCUCUUUGAACAUACAAUCAAAAGUGUUUAAAUAAAAUGGUUUUCUUUAACCGUUAAGGCAGGAUUGUAAGAAAUA